AUGGUGGCCGUAACCCUGCGGGCACUGCUCUGGCUUCCUGUCGUGCGGGUGGCCCAUGCUGCGCAGGUGAAGCUGACUGAGCGGGCUGGCGCAGUUGAUAAUGACCUGCUUUACACGACCAACCCGGUGUGCCUGCAGAACUCGUGCGUGAACCCCUUCGCGCCGGGUCUGGUUGACAUCCCCAGGCUGGCGACCCUGAUCUGGCAGUGCUCACCAGAGGGGGAGGUCCAGAAGUAUGUGAAGUUCUGCAAAGAUGCUCUGGACUACGAUGCGGCGAUUCCCUCUGGAAACGAAAGCACCCCAUUGGACAAGAUCGUGGCGUCUCAAGACAGUGCAGCCUCGACAAUGUUCUUCUACCAUCUCAGUGCGUUGGGCUAUGACGCCUGGGAGUUCAGAAGACCAGGUGAGACAGACGAUGUCUGCGUGCUGAACGUCUACAAGCUGACGUGCCUUACCUACUUCCCCAAGAAUCAGGCAGGGUGCAAAACUGGAGCUCAGAUCCCUUUCCUCAGACCUUGUCGGAACGCUUGCGAAAGCUACCUCAGCCAGUGCCAGGUGGAGUGCUGCGAUGCCAGCACGCAGUGUGUGUUCGAGCACGAAGCCCAGGAUGGCAGCGAGCAGUCAGGAUACUAUGAUGCCGAGGGGCCGUCCGCACUGUGCACUGGCAGCGGCGCUGGCCGUCUCGCUUCUCCGGGAGCUCUGCUGCUGCUGCUCUUGGGUCUACAGCUUUCUGUAUGGGAGCGAGGCCUUGGUGGCUGGGCACGGCACCUGCUCUUAGUGACGGUGCUCUGCUGCGCCACAAGCUUACAGGGGUGCUCGCUCUUCAUCCCCAGCCAUCGGGUUCCCAACUGGAGGAAGGACUCCGACUACCUUGUGCGCUUUGAACACGUGCCAGCAGGGAAGCCCGAGACGGCGGCGACUCUGAACUCGUGCAACGUCCUGAACUCCCAGCCGGGUGACGAGGUCUGCUCGGGCCGCGGGCAGUGCAAGCCCUGGUCGAUCCAGCCCCUGAAG